CUCAGAUUGAUUUUCCACGUUUAUUGAUAUUUACAAUUUUGCCACCACUCCAUCUUCCUUCUCUCUCUGUUCCGUUUAGUUGCAAUCCCUUCCUUCCUACUUCUAUUUCCCUUCUCUCAUUAUCCUCUCUUCUCUUUCUCUCUCUCUCUCUCUCUCUUAUCCCUUGACAUGUCUUCUGCCGGCGGCGACAGCGGCGGCAGCGCUACUUCCGGCGAGCCUCGCCAAUACUUCUGCCACCAGUGCAACCGCACCGUCUCAAUUUCCCCUUCUCCCUCCUCCGAUCUCCUCUGCCCCACUUGCAACGGCGGCUUCCUCGAAGAACUCGAAAUCCCAAUCCCCGACCCUAACCCUCCUAAUCCUUUUUUCUCCGACUUCCCCCUCGGCGGCGCCGCCACCAUUCCCCUCGUCCUCCCCGGCGCUGCCACCUCCCCUCCCUUCGGCGAUCUCUCAGCCCUCUUCGGCGACCGAUCCGACGCUGCCGCCUCCGAUGCCUUCAACCCCCUCGUCUUCCUCCAGAACUACUUCCAAACCCUAAGAGCCGGCGGGGGCGGCAACCUCCAACUCGUGAUCGAGUCCGGCGACCCCGGCGGAGUCUUCCGCUUCCCCGGCGUCACCCACGGCGACUACUUCUUCGGGCCGGGCCUCGAGGAGCUGAUCCAGCACCUCGCCGAGAACGAUCCUAACCGCUACGGCACCCCGCCGGCCUCCAAGUCCGCCGUCGAGGGCCUGCCGGACGUCUCCGUCACCGAGGAGCUGCUGGCGUCGGAUUCCUCGCAGUGCGCCGUUUGCAAAGACACCUUCGAGCUCGGCGAGACCGCGAAGCAGAUCCCCUGUAAGCAUAUAUAUCACGCAGAUUGCAUUUUGCCGUGGUUGGAAUUGCAUAAUUCUUGUCCAGUUUGUCGGUAUGAAUUGCCCACAGAUGAUCCUGAUUACGAGCAGAGGGCUCGUCGUGGUGGCGGUGGCGGUAGUGGUGGUGAUGGUGCCGGAAGUGGGGCAGCUCCACAAGUGAAUUGGAACAUGGCAUUGGGGCCCGCUGGUGGUUCUGCGGAUUCAUCCGGUGGCGGUGGCAGUGGCGGUGAUAGUUCGCAGAGGAGAAGAUUUAGGGUGUCUUUGCCGUGGCCGUUUAGGCAAUUUGCCGAGACAAGUAAUGUUGGGAGUGCCAACAAUGAUAGCAACAACAACAACAACAACAGCAAUAGCAAUAGUGGUAGUAGCGGAAAUAAUGGUGGGCAAUCGAACUCUGGAAACCGGGGGAAUCAGAAUUUUGACUCGGAGACCAGACAGGAAGAUCUCGAUUGAGAACCACUCGUGUUUUAUAUGACAUGCUCCCCUUGGAAGUGAUCGAGAAGUCGACAAUGGCCUCACCUCGGUCAUCGCCUAGAAGUGCUCCACUUUGUAGGAACUCCAACUGCAGCGCUACAGCGACAACAUUCUCCGCGGGAUUGCCGCUUGUGGGAAUCUGCAGAUUCUGAGGUGACCAGAUCUAAUCCACAACGCCUCCGACCACCAUAAUCGCGAGCGCCACCACCACUGUCCCACGGCGAACUAACCCAUGUUUGGCAAAGAUGUCUUCAUGUGUGCGUCCCCUGUGUUGCCGGAAGACAUCAAUGGGUCGCUCUCUCUCUGCCCCCUUCGUCCUCCAUCUUGUGCACGCCGUUGGUGUAGUUGGAGAGCAUGGCGUGCACAGCCUCGCAAAAGCCCCCAAACGGGGAGAAGUGGAGAAAAUUCUAGUACUGAUAAUGGCUCAUUGGAUUCCUUUAAUUGAUUUUGGUUUUUAAUUAUUAUAAAAUUUAAAUUUGAUUUAAAAAUAAA